UAAGUUGCAAUCCAGUGGUACCUUGGUAACAAACUUUUAAUCUGAGCUGUGCAACUAAAGAUGGGGCUAACAGGAUCUCGCACGCGAUCCAUUACUGCUCCGAUAAAUGAAGACGCUGAAGUCGGAACUCGCGUCGUUCUAAUCACAGGUUGUUCCACUGGAAUUGGACUCUCGACAGCCGUCAUUCUUGCUGAAGAUGUGAGGCGAUUUAAGGUUUAUGCUACCAUGCGGAACCUUGAAAAGAAGUCUGAGCUUGAAAAUGCAGUUGGAAAACAUCUUGGCGAGUCGUUGAUAAUUAAAGCCUUGGAUGUUCGCAAUGAAGAAGAAGUGAACAGAUUAGUGAAAGAGAUCGAGAGGGAAGAGGGAAGGAUUGAUGUGCUGGGUGAGUGAUUCGAUUUCAAAAGGUCAUAAAACCUUAACAUAAAUGAACAAAAACGAUGGAAUAUUGAUUUUAUACACCUGAAAAAAAUAGCUGAACUUUAAGUCAGCUAAAGAAAGCUCUAGGGGUUUUAUGUAAGAUUCCAAUCGUGAAAAGGAGCAGUGAUCCGGCGACAUGUUUUCAGUAAUGGAGUCAAUCAUAUUUUGAGGCAGAUUGAUUACUGAUCGGUGUUUGAUCAACCAUCAAUUUGAAGAAUGUAACAACAAACCGUAACUGAUAACGCAAGCAGUAAAAAUAUGAAAGGCCCCCUGAUAUGUCCAAAAAUGCAAGUGGAUUUGGUCCUUUUUUGUUGUUGUUUAGUUCUCCUUCUUCCAUUUUUUGAAUCUGUAAGAGGUGCACAGGUGUGUGUUUAUGUGCUUUUUUCGUGACUUUUCCAUUGUUAUUUAUUUAUUUUAUUAAACAAACUAAUUUACUGACCCCGGUUGAUAAAAAGUUAUAUAGCCCUAGCCACCUAAUAAAUCCAUAUCCAGCAGAUAACUAUUAGAGCAAAUAAUUGCGUUACUGAAUGGAGAUUUAUCCAGUGAAUGCAGGAGCCGAUUACCCGGAGCUUCCGCCGUAUCUGCUAUAAAGUAGAGUCAACCCUCUCCCGUUUUAGUCUACUUUUAGAACUAUAACUUCCCGGGGAAAAACUCUGUUUCCACGGACGUCCGUCCAUCUCUUGAACAACUGGAGCCUGGAAGCUAUAUUCAAUUGCACUCCUGUCUCGGUACCAAGAAUAAUGUUACAUACUUACCGAAAGCAAAUAGUUUUAGCUCCUGAUCCAGCGCAAAAGUCUUUUCAUCCUCUCCUAUUCUAGCCUGCAUAACAGGCGUUUUAGGAGACAAGCGAGGCGAACGCAGCAUUUUGCGCGAAGCGCGAAACGAGUGGGAAGCGUUCUCCUCCACUCGUCUCGCGCUUCGCACUCGUUUCGCACCUCGCGCAAAAUCCCGCGUUCGCCUCGCUUGGCUCAUAAAGCGCCUGUUAUGCAGGCUACUCCUAUUCUAACCCAUCACAACAAAAGUUGCCGUGUAAAAGAUAGGGGUCGCGUAAAUUUGAGAUCGCAACGCAUUAUUAUCCCCCUAGCUGGCUAUUUUACUAAAGAUAUGUUACAGAACGACUGACAAAAACUUGAUUUUUCUUUUACCUUAUUAGUAAACAAUGCUGGUCAAGGGCUGGUGAGUGUUUUCGAAUGUAUACCAAUUGAGACGGCGCAACACGUGUUUGAUACCAACUAUUUUGGUGUAAUGCGCAUGCUCAAGGCGGUAUUGCCAGGAAUGAAAGCGAGGCGGAAGGGCCACAUUAUCAAUAUAAGCAGUGUGAUUGGUGUAAAUGGAACGCCUUUUUCUGAAGUAUACAGCGCCUCCAAGUUCGCUUUGGAAGGUUUAACAGAGAGCCUUGCACCGACCUUGAGAAAAUUUGAUAUCAGGUAAAGAACUAAAGUUUCACGCUAUUCUGACUUAAAAAGGACAGCAACAACAACAAACUUAUACAUUUUUUUCUUAUGUCAGCGCGCGGCCAAGUCUAUUUGUUAACAAAGUCUAUAUAUGUGUACUUUUAACAGUGGAGGACUGAACAGAAGCGCGUUGACAUUUUUUUAACGCAAAAAUGAGAAUAGCAACGACAACGACAAGGAGAAGGGUAAAAAAGGAUAAAAAUGCAUGAAAAUGUGCUGAGCCGAGGAGUAAAAUAUUUUUUUUAGGGGUUAACUUGAAGGCAAAUUGGGCACGGUAAAGAACCCAGAUAUUCAAAUAUUGACGUUGAAUUCUUAGGGCAAAUAAUCGUCGCCUCUCUACGGCGCCAUGAAAUGCAGCCUGUAAGAACAGCGGCCUCUCAUCACCCCCCUGAGCUAUAGACGUUUCCUUCGGAAGCUACGAGAGGCAGCUGUGUUUGCCGGCUACAUAAAAUACCUGCAGAUGAGCUAGCUCUCUGUUUGGAAUAUAUCGUGAGAGUCACGCGGCAGUAGUACACGAGUUACCUCUCGCUCGCGCUUUCUCUUCCGCCUUGCCUCGCUCACCACUCGAAAUGGAGAGCUUCAUACCCUACAGGCUAGUCACACCAGUACUGAAGAUUUUCUGUUGAAUUAUAGGUGUUCCUUGAUUGAGCCUGGGCCAGUGACGACUUCUUUUACCCAGAAUGCAAAGUUUUUGAGAGAAGGCAUUGAUAUUUCGAGCGCUGAUGAGAAAACCCAGCAACUGCUGAAGGCAGCUUUGAAAGAAAUGUAUAACAAUGUACAAACGCAAAGCCAGACACCUGAAGAGGUAGCUUCUAUCAUUAAAAGUGUCAUACUAAGUGCCAACCCGCACCUGCGAUAUCAGACAAACAGCAAAUACGGACCAGGCGAAAUACAAGCUAAGCUGUCUGAUCUAACUGGAGACAAAGCCGUUCAACUGAUGGAAAGGCGUUUCUUUCCGGAUGUACAGAAAUAAGGAUCACGGUUGAAUAGUAGCUAGAGAAAAAAAUGAGUCACUUUACAAUAACUUUCGGUGUCUUUAUUUUAACAUAAUUAUGUUAGCAUGACACGAGUUAAGCGAGUUUAUCUGGGCUGUCUUUGAUAUAAAUGCGUUAGACUUACUUGAGAUUACUAUUUGUCCGUUAUGAUUCAUUUUACGCGAAUUAAUAUACAAGGAUCACAGCAUCUGAGAACGAAGCUGUGUCAUAAAUCUUACGGAUGUCCAUUUUUUCUGGAGAAAAAAGAUUCUACUUCGUAUGUAGCUUUUUAAAGAAAAUUCCCCUACAG